AUGAACAACGAUAAAAUUACAAAUAAAGUAAUAGAAUGGUUGCAAGAAGAUGAAGAUACAAACAUCAGUGACCUGAACUCAGAAACAGAUACAGAAUCUGAGCAUUCAAAUCAUGACACAGAAUCAGAACAGGAAAUAUACGCUGGAAAACAGCCCCCAGGUCCAUUUCAAAAAGAUAAUAGUGCAGCUUGUGUAGUGAAACGUCUAAUAAAACCAAUUGAUAAAUCCGGGCGCAAUAUUACAAUGGAUAAUUAUUUUACAUCUGUACCUCUCGCCAACGAAUUAUAUGCAAACCACCGGCUUACUAUUGUAGGAACAUUACGGAAAAACAAAAGAGAGAUUCCACCAGAGUUUACUAAUAUAAAAUCACGUCCAUUACAAAGUACAAUGUUUGCAUAUGGACAACAUACAAACAACAGUCUUCUUUGCUCGUAUGUUCCUAAAAAAAAUAAAAAUGUUUUAAUGUUAUCAACAAUGCAUCGUGAUGAUUAUAUUGACCCAGAUUCGGGUGAUUUGAAAAAGCCAGAAGUAAUAACUUUCUACAAUUUGACCAAAGGUGGAGUUGAUGUAGUAGAUCGACUAAAAACUGAAUAUUCAGUAACAAGAAUAAGUAACCGUUGGCCAUUUACAAUUUUUUGUAGUCUGUUGAAUAUUGGAGCAAUAAAUUCACAAAUAAUUUAUAAAACGAAUACGAAUGAUAUAUUUACUAGAAGACAAUUUCUUACAGACUUAUGCAAAAUAUUAACAAAACCCCAUUUGUUAAAACGUGCAACAAUACCUAGUCUUGGAUUAUCAAUUCGCCAGAAAAUACAAAAUAUUACAGGAUUUCAAGCAGCACCAAAGGAAAACACUCCUCAAGGAAAGCCACGAUGUACAUACUGUCCAAUACGUAAAAAUAGAUUCACACAGCAUCAAUGUAGCAUUUGCUCCAAACCAAUUUGCAAGGAACAUACUGCAUCAACUAACCUAAUUUGCCUCAUUUGUAAUAAUCCUCAAGAUUCAGAUGAUUAA